AAGGCUGUAGCUUGUUAAUGUGCAUGUUUAAGCGAAGGCAGCAGCAUCUGCUUUGCUCCACUCAGCAGUCAGAAUGAUGGAGCGAGAGAUUUUGCUGUUUGGACUUGUGGCUCUGGCCACAUCAUAUGCUAUACCAGUUCACCAAAGCUUGCACGAGGUAUAUGAGAACGGCGAGGAUGAGAACCCCAUCUUAAAUCUGGGUUCAGAUGCCAACCUGUUUGAAGGGGACAUUUUACUUCCAGAAGGAAGGAAUGCUCUGGUUGACAAAAGCUACAGAUGGAAAUUUCCAAUCCCUUACAUUCUGGGUGAUGAUUUGGAUCUGAAUGCCAAGGGCUGCGUCCACCAGGCUUUUGAAAUGUAUCGCCUCAAGUCUUGCAUCGACUUCAAGCCUUAUGAGGGAGAGAAGACCUAUAUCAAGUUUGAGAAGAGAGGGGGGUGUUUCUCCAGCGUUGGUGACCAACAGAAUGGUCAGAUUCUGUCCCUGGGGUCAGGCUGUGACCACAAGGCAGUGAUAGAGCACGAGCUCCUGCACGCUGUGGGAUUUUACCAUGAGCAGUCUCGCACAGACAGGGACGACUAUGUUGACAUCUGGCUCGAUCAGGUGACUCCGGGACUUCAACACAACUUCAACAAAUACAACGACGACUUUAUCACCGAUCAAAACACGGCGUACGACUAUGAGUCCAUCAUGCAUUACAGGCCCUUCUCCUUUAAUAAGAACGAAUCCAUUCCCACCAUCACCACCAAAAUCCCAGAGUUCAACAACAUCAUUGGCCAGUACCUGGACUUCAGCAAGAUGGACACCCUGAGGCUCAACCGCAUGUACAACUGCUCCGGGCCCCUCACGCUGCUGGACCAGUGUGCCUUUGAGUAUGCCAGCAUUUGUGGGAUGAUCCAGGCUUCCCAUGAUGAUGCAGACUGGUCUCAUGUGAAGAGCACAGUCGGUGACGAGGAUCACACACUCCUGGGGAAAUGCAGAGACAGUGGCUACUUUAUGUACUUCAAUACAAAGACGGGGAGGCCACAGGAGUCUGCUCUGCUGGAAUCCCGCAUCCUCUACCCCAAGAGAAAGCUCCAGUGUCUGCAGUUCUUCUACAAGAUGACUGGAAACCCCAAGGACAAGCUGGUGAUCUGGGUCAAGAUGGAUGACGGCACAGGCACAGUCCGUAAAAUGAAGAAAAUACACACCUUCCAAGCGGAUUCUGACCACACAUGGAAGAUCGCCCACGUCCCAAUGGAGAUAGGUGUCAAAUUCCGCUAUGCUUUCCAGGCCAUGCGCGCUGACCCCUCGGCGUCCACCGGUGGCAUCUACCUCGACGACAUCAGCCUGACGGAGACGCGCUGCCCCAACGCUGUGUGGAGAAUCCAGAACUUCUCCAGUUUCAUGGCUAAUAACACAGAGCUUCACAGUCCUCGCUUCUACAGCCCUGAAGGCUACGGUUACGGUAUCAGCGUCAUUCCUCAGUCGUCCUACUCUGAUUACACGGGGAACUACGCUGGGCUGUACUUCCACCUGGCCAGCGGCGAGAAUGACGUGGUGAUGCAGUGGCCAGCUGUUAACAGACAGGCCACGUUGGUGGUGAUGGACCAAGACCCUGACAUUAAGCUGAGGAUGUCCACCGCUCGCAGCCUCACAACCGACAUGAGAAAGACACAGGAUGGACAUUUAAUGUGGGACAAUCCCUCUAAGGUGGGGAAGUUUGACCCAUCCUGUGAUUGCUACAGAGGUCCAUCAUGGGGCUGGAGGAACUUUGUCAAGCACUUUGACCUCCGGCGACGUAAUUACCUCAAGAAUGAUGACCUCAUCAUCUUCAUCGACUUUGAGGACAUAUCGUCACUGAUUAAAACAGAAGUGCCCAUUAAACCAAAGGAGUGAGGUCAUGGAGGAUUUUAGGAAUUGGAGAUUCAACAUUUGGAGCUGGGAUGACAAGAAAAAAAGAAAGAAAAAUGGCAGAUCCCUGCUGUGAAACAAAAUCAGAAUAAUACACGUCAUAUAUGAAAUGUAAAAGUUGUAUCUGGAAUCUGUACCUGUGAUAACGCUUGUCUCCUUGAACUGCUGUAAUAAAGAAAGCUACAAAAGCAAA